UCCGCCGGUGAGGUCGACUUUCUGUGCGCUGUCAGUGCUCCUGAUGGUCGACUUAAAUGGCGGCUGGAACCUGUCUUUCGCCGGUUGCGGGUUUCUGGGGAUUUACCACAUCGGAGUUGCUAGCUGCCUGCUGGAAAAGGCGCCCUAUCUUCUGAAAGGGGCAACCAAGUUAUACGGAGCCUCGGCCGGUGCUCUGACCGCCUCGGUGCUCGCCAGCCAAGCAUCCAUAAUAAAAUGUUGUGAAGAUGUGAUCGAGGUGGCCAAAGAGGCCAGGAAGAGGAACCUCGGCCCCCUUCACCCCAGCUUCAAUCUGGUCAAGGUGAUAAAGUCUGGCCUGGAUCGAGACCUGCCCUCCGACGCUCAUAUCCUGGUCUCGGGGCGGCUCUGUGUUUCGCUCACCAGAGUGUCCGACGGGAAAAACGUCAUAGUGUCAGAGUUUAACUCCAAAGAUGAACUCAUCCAGGCGCUGGUCUGUAGCUGUUUUAUUCCGAUCUACUGCGGGCUGAUUCCUCCUUCCUUCAGAGGAGUGCGUUACGUGGAUGGGGGAAUCAGUGACAACCUGCCGCAGUCGGAGCUGAAGAACACCAUCACCAUCUCUCCCUUCUCCGGCGAGUGUGACAUCUGUCCCCGCGACAACUCCACCAGCUUCCACGAGCUGCGCUUCACCAACACCAGCAUCCAGAUGAACAUGGGCAACAUGUACCGCCUCAGCAGGGCCCUUUUCCCCCCCGAGCCCAAGAUACUGGCUGAGAUGUGUCAGAGCGGUUAUAAGGAUGCUCUUCGCUUCCUAGAAGACAACAACCUGAUUAUGCCGGAUCAUCCGACAGCGGGCCCCUCUCUGCCCGAGCCCCCCUGCUGCUGCCAGCAUACGGAGACCAACAAAGAGAGGGUGCUCCGGAGGCUCCGCCUACUGCGGAAACAGCACUGGUGGCUGGAUGAGCAGAUCAACCUGCCCACGCCCAUCAAGAAAGUGUUCUGCGAGGCCUGCCAAGACAAACCUGGCUUGUACGCCAAGGUGUCCGAGCUGCUGCCAGUGAGAGUGGCCUCCUACCUGCUCAUGCCAUGCACACUUCCUGUACAGUCGGCCUACUCAGUGGCCCAGAGGUUAUUAGAGUGGAUCCCAGAGGUGCCAGCUGAUAUGCGCUGGCUGGUGGGGAUGGCAGGUAGCGUGUACCAGCAGGCCUGGAAAGGAGCACCAGCCAACCCCAUCAGUGAGCCUGGGCUGAGGAAAUGCUUGAGUGCGCCGCCUCUACUGACAGAAUGUGACGAACCCAUGCAGAGAGACCACCUGCCCGCACUUUCCUCCCUCGAUCUCCAUGGCAGCUACUGGGAGAUCCCCAAAUCUACCUCCUCCUCACCCCAUCAUCAUCCUCACACUGCCCCCUCCUCACCGCAACAAGUCUGCUUUUUUGUCGGCUCACAGGACGAACAUUAGAGCCAUUUAAACUGAUUCAGGAACUGCACUUUGACGACGAUGCAGACACAUUUCCACUUUCUGUGGAGCUGGUGGAUUGAUGGGCGGUAGAACAAUUUGAGCAAUAAGCAAUGGUGUUACAAGGACACACACUUGUAGCACUAACUGUAUUAGAUUUGACUGAGUGCUCUCUGGAAAACAGCUGCACAACUCACUCAGGUGUGUUUGAUGACCUGUUUUAAUAAACAGCACAGAACUGUGUCUAAUUGUACAACUACAACUCUACCUACCUGUUUAAAACUAUUCAGAAGUAGCAUGCAAUCCUCAUUCCCAUACAGCUGAUUUAAUUAAUUGUUUAAACUUUUGAUCAUGUGAAUUUGAACUGUUUUAUGAAAUUGCAACGCCACCACAUAAUGAUUUUAAAGUUAAAUGAUACACCUUAUGGCAGCAAUGUUGGAAGUCUGCCGGGCAACUUCUUAAAAAAAUGUAAAGUCAGAAAUAUGUAAUUUAAUUUUUAAUCCAACAUGUUUUUGACAGUGUUCCAUCUGUGGCUAUGGCUACAGAUAAAGCUCGGGCUUUCUUAUACUAUAGUGAGACGGUUAUUAUAACCAAAGCUACAAAAAAAGUUUUAAUGAACUAAAGUGUCCUUCAGUAUUCUCUUUACGAAGAAUAGACAGUUCACUGCCUCACAGAACUAUAAAUAUUGAGGCAAAUAAAACAAGUCACUUUACUCACUGAUCAGCCACAUUACUGAGUCUCACGCUGGUUAAAUUAUUGACACAAACCCUCUGUAGAGUUCCUUGUUGUUACUCAAUUUGCCAAAAUGAAAUACUUAUGCUGACUGUGCUAAUCAACAGUGUUAAUGCAAUAUAUCGGUGUUAUCAGGGUGUUUUAGAUCACUCAUAACUUGAAAGUAAAAAGAUGUUUUUUCACUGUGAUUCUCUCUUUUGAUUAAAUAUUUGAAUUGA